GUUGGUCAUGACGUCAUAGUUAUGGCGGCUCUAAACUAGUAAUUUAGAAGAAUUCAAUUCAAUCGAAGAUUCACUUAAUCUUAGCUAGAAAAUGUCAACGUUAGAGCAACGUUUGGCCGAGUACGAAACGUUGUUUGCUAAUCGUUACACUGAAAAUGACAAAUGCUAUCAAAUGCAUGUGAAUACUCCAGUUAUGUCUCCUCCAGUGAUAGCAGAUUGGAACAACAACAGGAGACAGGAUAACCGUGGUCGUGAUGGAGGAAGAGGUUGGGAUACAAGAUAUGAUAGGAGGGAUAAUAGCCGAGACAAUCAUGGUGGUGGAAACCAAGAUUAUAGAGACCGAGGGCACAGAGAUAGUCGUCAUGUCGAAUACAAGACAAGUAAUUACUACGAAAUGUAUUAUUAAAGAUAAUAGCAAUAUUUUCUUCGGACAGACACACUAUUCAUUAUGGAGCAAUGACUUGAACGAUUUUCAAACCCAUUUCUUUGGCAAUUACAUACAUAAUGCAUUAUACAUUACUAGUUAUAAUCCCACAAACAUAUUAUCCAUCUUAUUGAUUUUGUUCUUGGAAGUUUGUCAUAAAUUCUAAUAACUGUUCCACUUCA